AUUCCGAGUGACGUAUCGCUGUGGUGGGUUACGUGAAAUCUCGGUCUCUUCUGCUGUCUUCAGGGAUCUACGGCUGCAGAGAGAGCACCGGAUUAGAAUGAACCCUGCUAUCUCGAACACUGGUAGCCUCUCACUUUACAAAAUACUGACGGUACUUUUGGUCUGAAAACAUGACUUGAUGAAUAUUGAAUAUAGUUAGUCUACGAGCCAACACAAUGAACAGUAAAGAGACACCCCUGGAAAAUCUACAUAACCAACCUGACCCUGGUCUGAUUCGUAUUGAUGAAGUGAACAAAGAGGAUGGGCCGCCGACCUCAGAUGUUAAUGAAAACAAGCUAGAUGGAGAAGAGGACGAGACCAUGACCAAGAACGAAGGGAUUCUGGUUCAGAGCAGGGAUGCCCAGGAUAGCAUUAAUAAUAACGAAAACUGCAAUCUAAUGUGCGGUCAACUCAGUUGCAAGAGAACCUGUGAGGACAGUGAGCAGACUGCGGCAGCUUCUUCUUUAUCAGCCUCCCCGAACAGAGAUACCGCCUCUGCUAAAGGAAAGCGGAUAUCCGGCAAGCGCAACAUCAGGAAUAGAAAAAAUUACAACGGUAAAUCCCCAGGAUUUGCACCAGUCGACGAUGUGGAGCCUUCACUCGAAAGUAAGUCCUUGGAGUCCACAUGUGAACUCAGCCCGUCGGAUCCCAACGUCGGCGUCGAGCAAAGAAACCAAAAGCAUCACCGAGACUCUCUGUUCUCCCUCAUCCGCGAAGGAUUUGAGCAAACAAAUGAUGCCAGGAUGCUUCCCGUGUGCCUUCAUCAGAUUGCAGAAACGUAUUUUCAAGAGGAAGAUUAUGAGAAUGCGAUGCAGUUCAUCCAUCUGGAACGGACAUACCACGAGCAACUCCUCGCAAAUCUGUCUUCUAUUCAGGAGCAGUGGGAAACAAAAUGGAAGAAUACAGAUUCCACAUCCUUAGCAUCACCCAAAAAAUCAGACAGAGAGCUCAGCAGCAAAGAGAUGGAAAGGCUUUCUAACCUAUGUGGAUCUCACCAAGACCCGAAGAUAUCCAAGCACAAGCUCUCCGCUUCCGAAAGAUUGUUUAAAAUCCAAAGUCUUACUCAGUUUAUUGGAUCGGAUGCUGUUCAUGAUGUCAUUUGCGCCACUCCAGAGAUAGAAAGUCGACCUGGCAGCAGAUCAACAAAAGACAGGGAACCUGGAGCAACAGCUAUGACCGAGAACUCUCUUCCUGACGAUGGGGCCACGGGAGAUAUUACCAAGACAGCUGACCACCAAACUGUGCUCGGGCUGAGCCACAUGGAGGAGCAGCAGCUUCUUGGCUCCGAUGACAGGUCUGAGGCUCACGCCCAGUCCACUGGGACAAAAGGCAGGGCUAAUACUGUCAGCCUUUGCUCCGGAGAUACCGUCAAAAAUAACAAGCUCUUGCAACCAGAUGCAACACCUCACCGCCGAGAAGAGCCUGAAAUAGAAGCUUUCCCCAAGGAUUACGGGCAAGUACAAUCAGGGACACCGGUGGAAGGCAAAUUAAUUUCAGCAGCCACGGAUUAUGCAGAUAUUGGUUCGGUUGCCCAGGAUGGUCUUCCUGGAGAGAGAAGUCCCACUGGAUGCAGCAACAGCAUCGAGCAGAAUGCUCAGGUAGCACACAGUACAGAAGAACAUUGCGCGUAUGCAGGGCAUGUUAAGGAAUCGCUGGUAAGGAAUUCAGUUCAUGCAGAAAAUACACAAGGGAGUACUUGUGUUUCUUCACUUGGCGCCACUCAACAGAAAUGCUCACAGGACACCGGGAGAGCUGCCCAAAGGGAAGCAACAGUUGAAUUUAUUGCAAGUCUCCUGAAUGGAGAUCUAAAAGGCAGUGAAGAUUUCCUGGCUCACCUGGAUUUCCAGGAGGAGACUCUUUCCGAGGAAGAAAUGUCACCAAGCCCAGGGGACGCUAUCUUAGGAGAUAAUCUUCUUUCACUAGACGAACUUGCAAAGCGAAUAGAAGUGGAAGAGGUACACCCUCCUUCUGGUUUGGUGUCAAUACUGAAGAAGCGUAAUGAAAGAGAGGGGGAAAAGGUUGGCCAACCAUCAGCAAAACAGACGAAGAGGAAAGUACGCUUCCAGGAAGCAGAUGAUGUUUUAGACCAAGAAGAAAUCGGCGGAGGUUCCUGCAUUUUGCUCAUUGUCCUUUGCCUAGCGACUGUGUUUCUUAGCGUCGGUGGAACAGCGUUAUACUGCACAUUUGGGGACGAAGAGUCUUCUGUGUGUAAAGAUUUUGCAGCAAACAUGGACUUCUACUAUACUCAGACGCUACAAGGAAUAGAGGAACUGAAACACUGGUUGUCUGUCACAUAGCCCAAGGACUACACUGGCUAUUUUUACCCAUUUGACUGGGUUAGACACAGACUCUUAUUUUAUUACUGUAGUUUGGGAUUUAAAUUAUACUUGUAGGUUGAAAUCAAACCUAAAAAAACAAAACAUUUCGAUUUUACGAUACUGUGUGAUUUAAAAACAAAAAAACUAUAUAUUAUGUUUUAAAUUGUUAUUAUAGAGACUGUAUACAUUUAUGUGGAGAGAAAA